GGAGGAGGAGGAGGAGGAGGAAAAGGAGGAAAGGCAGAAGGAAGUGGAGAGCAGACAUAUGGAGGUGAUACGCUCAGAAGAGAGAGUAUUGAAAAUGGAGCUCUCCAAGAAAGAUGUGAGCUUAUCAGAAGAUAAGGCUCUUGCUGAGAAAAGGGAGGGUACAAUGAGAAGGGAAAUGCCUUUUAAGAAAGAAAGAUUGUUUGAUGGAAAGAGAGAUCCCACACUUAUGGAUAAGGUCAUGUGGCCAACAGUUCUGAAGAGCCCUUUCAAAAUACCCCUCCCAGUAGCCUUGGAAAAAAAGAGAAUGCCGCUGAAAGUGUUGGGGGUUCAUUUGGAUUUGGAAGGACAGGAAAGUAAACGUCUUGGAGCAUACCCUAUGAAAAGUUCUUGGGGAAGACAAGAGGAUGUGCUCUUGGAGAAAGCCAGGGGUAUGGAAAUAGGCUUAGAGAUCCAGAUCCCGGAAGUCCUCCACAGGCCAGAGUCCCACUUACAUGAUAUUAUCAUGAAAUCACAGAAACCAGAACGUUGGCCCAAAGGUGACAGGUGGAAGUGGUUUUUUAAGUACCAGGAUACCCUAGUGAGGAAAACUAAAGGCCAGACCCCAGGGCCAGCCCCAGCCCCAUCCCUUACUUCUAUACCAGCUGAAAGGCCAUACUACUCAGAAGCGAGCUUCUCAGAUGAGGACUGGAUUAACAAUGCUUUAAUAAGACUGGAAGCAGGAGAGAAGCUUUCCAGGGACAGUUUCCAUAGACUGCACCAGCUCCUCAGAGGCUUCACUGCAAAGGGAUACUCGAAAUGGAUGCCUCUGUGCAAUCUUAAAGCCAUUGCUAAACACCUCAGGCAGAACCUCGUGGUAAGUCACACAGACACACCAAAACAUAAGGAUGCUUUGAGUCCAGUGCACUUAAAAGUGAUCCCUCCAAUUAGAAGAAAAGAAAAACACAGCCAGCUAGAGCCAUUCCCUAUCAUUGAACCAGUGUUCCCAUCAGCUACCAGGAGGUCUCAAACCCCAGCAGCUCUCAAUUGGCAUCUCUUAGCGGAGUCCUAUAGGAAGAAGCAGGCACAACAAUUAUCCUGUGCUGUUAAGGAGAUACCGCACCUUCAUCCAAUCAGAAAGGAUGUUCCCACAACUGUCUAUCCCUCUGUCGAUAAAAAAUCCCUGGACUUGAUACUCCAGAAGGAGUUCCAGGUCUUGAGUGAUAAGGAAGAACUCCCCAAAUUUCACAAGGCAAAGAGGGAAUUUUUGUCCCUCAAGGCACUGCCCAUACCUUCACCGGUGUUAGCAUCAACCACCAAGAGGACUGGAGUCCCAAAGGCUAUAAAGUGGCAUCUUUUAGGAGAACCUUACAGGAGUGCACGGGUACAGCAGCUAUCCAAUGCUCUGGAAGAGAUGGACAUGAAGCACUUUUAUCCUGCUGCGAGAGAGAUUUUCACAGGUGCCCAUGCCUCUGUGGACAAACAAACCCUAGCACUGAUGUUCCAGAAGGACCUCAAGGCUUUUAAGAGAAAAGACAGGGCCCUCACAAUGCCCAAGUUGAAGAAGGCACAGUCCAUCUCUAAAAAAAAGGAAGAGGUGCCCCAAUGGGAGACAUUUGUGGCAGUGUAUCAUGUUUUGCGGAUGUUGCAGCAACACUAUGCAAAAGACAGCGCUGCUUGGAUGGAACAGUUUUACCAACUCAUGGAUCUAUACCAAUUUAAGUCCCCCCAAAUCCAAAGGCUUCUACUAGAGUUGCUGCAGAGAGAGGAAUUCCAACCCCAAGAGACCAUGUUCAAAAAGUCCCUGAAAACUCAGGAGCUGGUACUUGGUGAACGGUUGCUCUGUGGCCUGUUUUGUGGUCAUUCCCAUGCCCCUCCAGGUCCUCUCAAGUUCCAUAAUGUUGUACCUCUGCCUGGGAAGAGCAGGGUGCACACUAUCCAACCUGUGGGCAUCGCUCAGUAUGGAUUCCUAGAACUUGCCUGGAAAAACCUACCACAAGUCAAUUCUUACCUUGUUGAGGGGCAGCCCAACAUUCCUACUCCUACUCUAUGAUUUGGCCUAACAUGAAGACUUUGCAGUCUUGGUGGGAGAUAAGCCUGAUCAUGGAUUUUAAGCCUCCUUCC